GCUGAGUCAGCUUGCAGGAACAAGGAAGUGUGUUCAUCCCUGACUCAACACCACACAGCGACAGAGACCAGGACCAGAAAUGUCAGCAUCCCCCCCACUGUCAGAGCUGAGGCUGGUGGUGCUGGGUCGGCCCGGGGCAGGGAAGAGAUCAGCAGUCUGCGCCAUCCUGGGCCUGCAAGACUGUGAGGAGGGCACAGAUGGUGCCGUCACCCAGGAGUGCCGCAAACACCGGGGAGAGGUUGCAGGCAGGCAGGUGGGGAAACACAUUCAGAAAAUGGUGGUAGUCUCCAGCCCAGCCUGGUUCGGCUCAAACUGCAACCCUGAGGAAAGGAAAAAGCACAUCUCCACCUUUAUUGCCUUAUCCAGCCCUGGGCCACAUGCUUUCCUGCUGUGUGUCCCUGUGAACCAGCCAGCUGAUGGAGAGGCCAAGGCACUGGCUGUCCUGAUGAAGCUGUUUGGCCCCUCUGCAGUGAGCAGGAACACCAUCAUGCUCUUCACCCAUAUGGAGGAGCUGGAGGAGGAUGAGCAGCUGGAGGAAUACCUUGCCACUUGGCGCAAAGACCUCCAGGAGCUGGUGGAAAGAUGUGGCGACCGCUACCACACCCUGGAGACCCGCAGUGGAGACUCAGAGGAGAGGAAAGCUGUCGAGGAGCUGCUGGAGAAAGUUGAGCAGAUGGCGAAGGAGAAUGGGACACAACACUUGAGUUGCCCUCUGUACCAAGAGGCUGAGGAAAGAGUGAGAGAGAGGGAGGUGGAGAUUGUGAGACAGAGAAGAGCAGAGCAGCUGAAUGACCAGGUGUCUCCCACAGACUCACAACCAGAAGAAGAAAUGGAAGCAGUGCGGGAGGAGGCAGAGAGGAGCAUAGGAGACCUGGAUGUGGAUAUAGAUAGUAUUUUCCCCCCUACCAGUGUCUCAACUUCCUCCCCCACUUUUUUCUGGGGCCUGUGGGAGAAGCUGACAGGCUGGGUGAGGUGGUUGCCUACACUGGUGAGAAGGGAGGCCUUGUUUGGAGCCCUGGUCGGCCUCUUUGUGGGAGGGCCCUUUGGGGGUAUGCUGGGGGCCACUGUGGGGUCAGUAGCGACUGAGGUGGGGAGAAGAAAAACACAGAAAACCAAAUAAGAGAUAAUCUGAUAUUAUUGUAUUAUGCAUUAAGUUGCACCAUAAAGUCACUUCACUGUCUUCAGCAAAGCGGUGUGUUACUGAGCUGUAGGUGUACAAGCUAACACUUGUCAGGAUAGUAUUUGUGCUUGUCCACUAAACUCCUUUGGAAUGCUCACCACUCUCUGUAUUAUCUAAUGGCUUUAUUCAUGGUUAAUUAUAAUUCAUAGAUUAUUAAUAAGCCAUUAAUAAGAAAAAUAUUUGAGUUGCCAGGUUUGAAAAAUCCCUUUGUCUGGUGUAUCUUUUCCUCUUGUAUAAUUUGCUCUGUCUUUUCAGUUAGUAAUUGCUAACCUGCUAUAACUGAUUUUUUUAGCCACUUGGGGGCAGCAGAAACAAGCUAUAAACACAACACUGACAAAUCACAUUUUGAGUUCAUGUGGAAAACUUGUUGGCAAACAGUUAUUUACACAUCCAGCAGACACAGAGCUACAUUGGUAUUUAUUUGGAGUCGUGUUUCUGAUGAAGUCUGACAUUCACUCUGCUUGCUCUGUCUUCAGCAACUCCUGUGGGAAAAAUCUGAGAAUCUGUAUUCUGUUUGCUGCUGGGCAGAUGGUGAACAGCUGCCUUCUACCAUUUAAAACAGUGGAACAAGAGCUGUGAGAUUGAACUAGAACAUUAAAGUGAAAGCUCUGUAGAGCUGAGGUUAAAAUGCAGAGUCAGGUGAUAUUCACCUGUUGGUUUGUCACUACAACCAACACCUUUCAAAUUACAUGUAUCUACGUAACUUGGUCCAUUGUUAGUACCAAUGUAGCUUUAGCUAAAAAUUUAAAGGCAGAUGUGAUAUUGUUGGAGGAUUUACAACAGACAAAUAGAUUCUUCACUACCUGGCAACCAAGGUGUCCUCAUGAGUGGCUUAUUAAUGAUCCAUAAAGAAAUAAUUAGCUGUUUAUUAAACAUCAAAGUAAUUGUUUUCAACUGUUAAACACUUUGUAGACUUUUUAGGAAGGCGCACUGCAGAUGGUGAAAAACACUUUUGAGAAACACUUAAGGAGGCAAUAAUAAGAAACAUCCACAAGGUGGAGACAUUGACCUUAAUAUUGGAGAAGUUUACUGAGAUGCUCUUAUUUCCUGCUUACCAAGCAAAUAAAAGCUGCUGUUUUAAGAAAAUUUCACAGUUAUUUUCCUUGAGAUGUUUGAAUCUGAAAUGAUCCAUUUUUAAAAAUAGAUAUAAUCAAGUUAUGGACAAUUUAAUCCAAUCUAUAGAUGAACAGCAUAUGACAAAGAGCAGACUUUAAUUAUAAGGGCAUGUGUUUUUUGAAAUGCAUUAUUAUAAGGGACAUCAUAUUGCUGGAGAGGGAAGUGAGAGGCUAUAGAUAGCUGUGGUGCAAAGAACAAAAGCCCAGGAUUCACUCUGCACAAACUCAGCUGAGCAUAAAGCAGCCGUCUCUCCCAGACUCUCUCCUGCUUACACAAUGGCAGGUUAUGGCUUUGACAUUGAUGUAAUUGAUACUCUGCUAAAACCGUCACUCAUAACCCAUCCUUACAUCUCUCUCCCUCAUUGCUUCGCUCUCCCUCUGUCUCUCUAAACUGCCGGCGGCUCUGCCUCUGGAACAGCUAGGCGUUUCCGAAUGUGGGUGGUCCGGCCGGGGUGGGAGAGAGAGAGAAAGAGAGAGAGAGAGAGAAUUAACUCGGCUCUCAUGUUUCCCAAAAAGAGAGGGGAGGGAGGGAAAGACGCGAGAAAGAGAGAGUGAGUGAGUGAAUGAGAAGCAGUGAAUGCUAGGGAGAGAGAGCGAGAGUCAAAGGCAGAGAACAAGCUUUGGGACUACAUCUGUCUUCCAGAUGUGGCCUCCACAGGAAAAAAGAAGGUUUUAAAAGUAAAGGAAAAUUGGUGCUAAACAGUUUUUUAUUGUUAGGGAUUACACAUACAGUAUAGACGACAGUAUACGGCACCAGAUUAAAAAUCCACCGGCCAGGUUAUGCUGCCUUUUUCCUCUUUAUGAGACUGCAAUGAAAUUACACACCAGGCCCCUUGAAGUUAAUGUAUACGAAAGAACACCUGUCCAAAUAUUAUGCAGUCUUAGUGGAUACAUAUCACGGAUAAGACAGAGGGAGCAUGUGAAAAACAAAAAAAAUUAAUGAGAAUUUUAUGGAGAGAAAUUUAUUUCUUGUGGAAGACAAAACACUAACGUAUCACAGCUAAAAAUUAGCACAAAUCAAGGCCAGAGUGUCGGCAGUGGUGGCCAAUGUCAAUCUUGGAAGAUAAGACCAGAUUUUUCUCCCUGUCCUCACCAGGAAAGAGAAGGGGGAAAGUGGGAUGCAGAGUUGAUUUGUGCCUGUAUGUAUAAGUAAAGCCAAAAUCUGAACAAACAUGUGAGGGAAUCACCAGUGAGCCAUCAUUAACACACAGGCCGUAACUUCUGCUCCUCUCCCUCAGAGCAAAAAUGUUGUUGUAAGGGCCUUGUGGUCCCUGGUCAGAUUCGGGGGGAGGGGGGGGGGGGCAGUCCGCUGUGAGACGUGGACACCGCAAUAUUUUUUUGUUAUCAUCACGCCCUAUGGGCUGGAAAAGACAGCAAACCAAAGGAAAACAAACAAGAUGACACACUUUUUCCUUAACAGCACAAGGCCGCUCUCUCGCUGUUGGUUUUCACCGACAUCACACUUUAUCAUUAAAUGCUCAAAAUUCUUUGCCUUAAGAGCGAUAAUCACAGCACAUGUUUUAAACACGUUUUUAUCUGACCCGAAUAUUUUCAUUCAAUAGCAACAUUUGAACAUUUAAACUGAUUGUUUACUUAUUAUGGGUUUGAUUAAUCUGAACAUUAACUGAAUAUUAACGUAUUUGAAAAUCCAAAACAGCCCUGAAUGAACUUACCAUGAAUUACACAAAAUAUAAAAAAAAAACCCAAAAUACCAACCCAAAUAAUGAAAGGACAAUAAAUGUAAAAAAAAAUGGUUCUACUUCACUUUUUGAAUUGUAUUUCAAAAAAUAUUUUUUUAUUAUGGAAAACCAACCUUUUUAUUAAUAUAAUAUAAAAAUAUAUAUAGCCAAAAAGAAACCGGAAAAAUGCGGAAAUAACAUAAUAAUACAAUGUAAAAUAAUAAUGUAAUAUAUUGUGUAAAAGUAGCAGAUGAAAUCACAGAAAGAGAAAGGAUGGGAUUCACAAGAGGGGAACAGUUUAAAAUAACACACAUGCCGUAGAUCAAAUGUGUAAAAUUCAGCCUAGCAAUUCAAGUGGAUUUUUCUUAACAAUGUGACCUCAGGCAGCAAACUUUCGAUCUGAUCCCAGGGCCGUCUGUGUUUGCCAGCAGGGCUGAGACAGCGGUGUCCAACAGCCGGCUCUCUCUCCUCCUCUCUCUGGGUGUGCUUGCUGUGAGUCCUCUCAUCUUUUUCCCAUUAGUGCUGUUUUCAUGUUCCUUCCUAGCGUGAGCGUGUGUGGCUGCAAUUGUUUAUGAAGCAAUGCUUGCCCCAUCCAACUGUGUGUUUCUGUAUGUCUGUCUGUGUGUGUGUGUGUCCAACAUGGAUUUAUACAACAAACUGCCCAGGAUUUCAUUGACAAAAACAAAACACAAAGACAAAAUCUGAUAGUAGAAAAUUGAAUUGUAUUAUUUAUUAAAUAUCUAAUGUGCACAAAAUGUAAUUUAAAAAGUAGCCUCAUGUAUUGUAUAAUGUCUGCACCAUUGUUAAAACUUGGAAAGCCGGGACAUGAGCUGUAAAAUUUCAAGCAGUGGUUCCCAACCUUAUUUUCUUCAGAUGAACACCCACUGCCCCAAACUCAAAUAUCCAUUCAUCAGCACCACC